AGAAAUGUGUUUCAAUCUUCUGCUGUAACCUUCUUACAGACUCUCUGUAGUUCUAACAGUUUUUCUUCUAUGUAUUUUGAGACUAUUUUAUCAGAUACAUGCAAGCUAGGCAUUGUUUUCCUAGUGGGUUGACGCUUUUCUGUUAUGUUGUGGUUCUCCCUAUGCCUGAUUUUGUUUUUUGUCUUAGGGUCUGUUUUGUCUGUCCUCCCUUUUUUUUUUUUUGUGGUAGUUUACAUGGAUUAACCUUUUUCUUCAUUUUCCUGUCACCUUUUUUAUGUCCUUAUAUUUUAGGUGUCUCUUAAGAAUGUAUUACUAGAUUUUUUUUUUUAAAUACAGUCAGAUAGUUUAUGAUUUUUAAUUGGUAUUUUUAGAAGUUAGUUCAAGUCUCUUGGUGGUCAGCUCUUUUUUUAAAAUCUGAAAUUAGUUUUAUUUUACCCUUGUUCUUGAGAGAGAAUUUUGAUAGGUAUACAGUUCUUAGGUUGAUGCUUUGCCUUCUGUUCAUGUGCAAAGAUGUUAUUCUACUUGCAAAGUCUGCUACCAGUUUUAUUUAUGGUAAUUUGAAGAAAAUAUUAUUUUUCUUCUAAUUGCAUUGAAUUUUGUCUUUGGCAUGACACCUUUACUUCUGAGUCUAGAUAGUGAUUACUUUUUAUUUAUCCUGUUUUGGAUACAUGUGUUUCCUGAUUCAGAAUACUGUUUUUCAUGAAGUCUAGAAGAUUCUGAGCCAUGUGUUCUUUAAACAUUUUCUCUUUGAUUUUAUCUACUUUCUCCUUCCAAAGAUUUAAGUGGAUAUAUGUAUGUAUGUGUGUGUUUCCAGAUCACUUAUUUUUCAUCUUUUAUAUUUUUAACUUCCUUGUGUCUUUGCCAGAACUUAAAAUGCUGGAUAAUUUCAUCAGGCACGUUCUUUUUUGUCAGUUUUCUUGACAGUGCCUAAUCAUCUCUUUGAUCCAUCUAUUUUAUUUAUUUUUAACAAUUAUACUUUUAAUUUCUAAAAGUAUCACUCCAUUCUUUUUAGCUAUACCCAGUCAUUUUUUAAAAUCUCCUGUCGCUUGCUCAUUUUUUGAAAUCUGUAGAUAUUCUGUAGACUGGUGACUCCCAUGUCUGAUGUACUUAGGGAUCUAAAUUACUGCUUGUUUUUUCCGUUAUCUCCCUCACAGUGGGUUGUCACCUCCUGUGCUUGGAGAUUCUCAGUUAUGAGCUCUUCCUUGACUGCUCUUUCUCUGUGGGAAUUCUGAGAGUCUGAGUUGGGAUACUUUCCUUCUGAUAGGGCUUGUGCCAGCGUUGGCUGUGAGCUGUCCGUGGGAUCCCCUUUUAGUCUCUCACUUUGCUCCUGGCCCAUGGCUCUGUGUCCCAUGUUGUUCUUGUCAUCUUGACUGUCAGGUUUAGUUUCUAAAUAGAGGUUUGUUGCUUUGGGAGAAAAAAGUGACUUUAAAUGUUCCCUAUUUCUGUGAGCUCAGUAACAUUUAAAAAAAAUCUAGCAUCCACUUUGUUCUGCAGUCAUGAAACGCCCCUUUGCUUCAUCAUAACAGAUGGGAUCAGAAGUCUUUUACAUUUGCAUUAAAUUUUUGUAAUAUGUUCAUUUUAGUUUGUAUCAGGUAAAAAAUUCUGUCCUAACAUAAGAUUUCUUGGUGAUAACAAAUUUUCUAUUAAAACAAGUUUAUAUCUAAGUUGAAAGUUGAGUUAUUCUAAAUCAAAAUAUUAAAUAGGUAACAGCACAGUUGGCAGGUGAAUUUGGCAAAGCUUUCUACUUUGGGGAGUGUGAAUUAAAACUUUGGAAGACAGUGAGAUAGGGAAUAAAGAUGUAUAGGGCACAAUGCACCGUUUGGACCCAUAGUGAACCUGCAGAGAGAAAUUGUCAGUGACCAAACUGAACACUGCUUAUCAAAAUAAUGUGAGCAGGAUGCUCAGGGCUUACAGAGAAGCGGUGUGAAAAUAAACUUGGUGGUGUGAGAAGUUCAGGAAAGGCUUCUUGGAAUCGAGUACUAAGGACUGGGAGGCAUUCUGGCUGCAGAUGAGGUUUGUUUAGAAAUGACAGGCAGCUGGGUAGGACUGGCAUCUACAUUAUGUCAUGGAGUGCUAGAGAAAUGCAGGAACAGAACCACAAAAGGUCUUCUGUGCUGUAGUAAGGAGUUUGGUCUUUAUUCUGAAGAUAAAGAGAAGCUACUGAGUUAAGUAUAAAAUGUUACGAUCAGAGUUUUAGGGGAUGCCAAGAUCGAAGGCAAGUCACCAGUUAGGAGGCUGCUUGUUCAAGUAGUUCAGAGGAGAUGAGAUGAAGCCGCAGCCAGGGCAGUGGCCCCGGGUAUGAAGAGUUGUACGCGUGCCAAUUUGAGUUUCCUAGAGGAGUUGAAAUGACAGGACUUCGUGGUCACUUUGGUUAGAAAUGUUGAAGGAGACUGGGGAGUCUAGAUUGACCUCCAAAUUUGGUAACCAGGUGGCAUGUAGAGCAGUUUACUGGUAACAUAAAGAGAAAAGAAUUUGGUUUCAUUUGUUCUUGAGGAAAAGGAUGUUUGAUUUUGAACUCACUGAAUCUGAGAGGCUUAUGGGACAUCUUGGUUAAGAUCCAGUAGCGGAUGACAGGGAGAGUCUAGAAGUCUAUGAGUUGUAACCCAGCCUGGAGAGAUUUGAGAGUCUUAACCGCAUUUUUAGUCAUGGUUUGCUACAGUGGGUUAUGAGACAGUUUAAAGUAGUACAUAGAUAAAGAAUUUUUUAAUAGUUAGGAAUAUAUGCUAAUGUGUCUGAAAAACAUAAGCUGUACUUCAAACUUACAAUAUCACGGGUGUUAUCACUUAGGCCAAAUGAGCCCAAUAAAAAAGGAAUACUAAGAAAAUAAAAUACAUGUGACCUGUGGAAAUGGCAAAAAUUGUGGUGAAGCUAUGCACAUAAUGAAAGUUCAGAAAGCGCUGUUGUAAGCCAUGGGUGUGGAGAGAGUAAGCAUGAGAAGAAGAGAGAGUUGACCUUUGGGUGGCGGGGAAUGGAGAAGAAGCGCCCAUGGAGACUGAGGAAGAGCAGCCAGAAGAAUAGGAGGAGGACCAGGAGAAGAUGGUCUUUGGAGUCCAGAUGAAGAGUUCUGAGGAGGAAGUGGUCCACAGCGCCAAGUAAGUUGUAAGCUGAAAAGUGCUUUUGGACGUAGCUGUUAAGGGAGACCAUUUAGUUGAAGGCAUCCAAAUGGUGGAUUAAAAAAUACUCAUCUAGCUUGUUAGUCAUAGCUGAUGUUCAUAGCAUUCCCUAUACGUCACAUGCUAGUAAACGUACUUGACACAUGUUAACCGAUUAAUCAAAUGGGUAGUAUUGCUGUCCUCAUUUAAUAAAUGAGGAAACAGACACCUCAAGAAGUUAAGUAACUCGUCCCAGAUCACACACACAAGAAAUGGGAGAGCCAGGAUUCAAGCCCAGGCAGCCUGGUUCCAGAGUCCAUGCUGUUAACCACUAUGCCGCAUUGCCUCUCUGGUUAAAACAGAAUAGAAAAUAACAAUAAGACCAGUUACAGUGUAAUGACGGUGCGGUUGGUGUAGGGCAUGGUAUCAGUGAGUUAUGCCAGCCUGGGAAUGACCAGUAUGGUGUCACAGUGGCUCAGUCUGCCACAUAUGAGCACAUUAAUUGUAUUGUAUCCGAUGCUGUGAUGGUGAUGUGUGGGCUGUGACAGACAGUUCUUGGCUCUUUCUGUAUUUAUAUACAGAAAACACUUGUGAAGAAAAAUGAGUUUAAACGUGUAUGUAUUUCCCAGAAUAGCAUGUGUCCCAUAUCAUGUGCCAUACUUUGGGUGCUAAAAUGACUUUUUAUUUUUUUCAGUCAUUGUUUACUUUUGGAGUUAAAUUCGCUAAAUGGGAAAUACUGGUCACCCAGAACAGGUCAGAAGGUUCCAGACAUUGUAGUUAUCCAGUCUACUGGAAAAGAUCAGUAACGACUUCACUAAAGCACUUCCCUUGAAUGGUGGAAGUGGAAGCCCAACAUUAGGAAACUGAAAAUGAAGGAGAAUGGAGGAUUUGAACAGGAGGAAUAAAAGCAUUCGUGAUGAAGGUGAAGAACGUCUGUGGUAGGAGACCGGGGAGACCUGAGCCGUGAUGACUCUUGGCUGUGGUCAGCAAGGAGCUGGUCAGAGUUACAGAUUUAAAAACUGGUUUAGACUUGGGCAGUGAUCCAAGAUACGGCCUGUGACCGAAGAGCCUAGGUGAGGAGGGCAGCAAAGUGUACUUGAGGAGGUGCCUGCACUGCAAGGGUUGGGUCCUGAAGGGCUGUCCGUGCCCGCCUUAGUGUAACGGAAAUGAUGACCGGAGGAGAGAGGGAGCACCGUGAGCUAGUCGCCGGUGUUCUUUAACACCACAGCAGCCAGGAGGCAGCGAGAUCCAUGACAAGGAAAUGUAGAUCUAGUGCAAUACAGCAUUUGAGAGGAGACCGAGGACUCCGAAGACCUAAGUUUGAAUCCCCCCAAGCUUGGUGAUCUUGAGCAGAUUAGUUUUGCUGUGAAUGUUUUCAUCUGUACAGUGACGGUGGUGAUAAUUGUACCUGCAGAGAGUUGCUGUGACUAUUGAUGAGAUGGUACACGCAAAACGCUUGGCAUGUCAUGUGACAAAUGGUACCAACAGUUUGCUACGAAGGUGGUUAUUGUUCUUCACUUCCGAUACUGUGAGGUGGUUGUACAGCAAGUGGAACAUGAGAAGGAUUAAUUAAAGAAACAGAUGUGUUUUCCAAGGGCUGAUGGUUGUCUUGGUUAGGAAAAAACAAACUUGGUUUAUCCUAACAAUAGUAGUGGUGAAGUGAAAAGGUGAAGUGAAAAGGUUUAAAAAGUGAAAAGUGGUGAAGUGAAAAGGUUUAAAAAGCGCUGUUAAUAAUGGUGCUGGUGAUGCUAGGAAAGCAGAGUCAUCUUGGAGAAGAGUUAGAAGUAAUAAAAUGCUGAGUUCUUUAAAGUGAUAGAUUUUGUACCUGUUCUCUGACAGCUAUACCAUGUUAUGACUGAAGUUUCUUCAGGAAAAAAUAAAACUUGAGUCUGCAACUCCAGCCCCUUGUCCCCCCAUUGAAAUAGUUAUUUUUAAAAUGUGGUUGUUGGUAACGUGAGGGGUUUGCCCACUGUUUCUGUCUAGCAGUGCUGACCUGCGUUGCAGUAGUUAAGAGAAUUAGGAGCAGCGAGUGCUGGGAAGGUCUGGAUGCGGCUGUAGGAAUUAAGAGGUGGCCACGCUCUCCCUGUGCCGCUUCAGCUCUGCCCCUGUGCCCAGGACAGAAACACACAGUGAGGUCUGGAUAAGAAACCUUUCUUUCAGUGGAUCAAGGUUUAGUUCUAGCCAGGAGGUGGAGAAUGUGGCAGAGUUUGUGAAUGAUGAAAUGGCGAAUUUCACAGAUGCAGUAAAAGCAGAUGGAGUUAAAGGGCAGCAGUGGAAAGAUGUCUUGUUCGCUUAUUGAACUCAUUAUUUGAGGGCUUAGCACAGGCUGGGAGCAUACAAAGAUGAAAUAAGCUGCCCUUAAUUAUCUUCCAUCUAAAAGAGACAUGUAAAGAGUUAAAUUCAGAGAUGAUGACUCUUUGAACCUAAAGAAAAGAAAUAGAUUAAAAUGAUGGUUGAAGAGAGUCAGGGGAGAGAUUAGCAAAUGAGGAUGAGACUCUUCCAGAGCUCAGUGUUCUCAGAGUUGCUUCCUGGGGGCAUAAGUUCCCAGUAUUUAUCAAACAUACCAUAGAAGUCAGGAAACUGCUUCUCAUGGCAUCUCAGAUGGUUUCAUUGUUGAUUUGGGUUUGUGUUGUGUCCUCAGGGUGGUGUACUAUGGCUGAUUUUGCCCGGGGAAAUUUUGCGGUAGCAGAUUAUGCCUUGUUAGAAGAUGGCCCUUAUGUGGACGAUUGUGUCUUUGCCCCUGAGUUUAUGUCCAAUGAUUAUGUUCGUGUGACUCAGCUUUACUGUGAUGGAGUGGGUAGACAGUACAAAGAUUAUACCCAUACUGAGGGAAACUUAGAAUUUGACAUCUGCACUAUGUGGUGUAGUAAACCUGUUUCUGUCCUGCAAGAUUACUGUGACGCCAUUAAAGUCCACAUCUUCUGGCCACUUCUGUUUCAGCGUCAGCAGAGCUCUAUAAUAACACGAAUGCACCCCUGUGUAAGGACCAGCGGUUCUCUUGCUUGUGAGAUAAGUUUGAAGAAAUUACAGCAUCUUGAGCUGAUGGAAGAUAUUGUGGAUUUGGCAAAGAAAGUUGUGAAUGAUACAUUCUUUAUCGGAGGCUUAUUGAGAAUCGGCUAUAAAAUAGAGAAUAAAAUCUUGGCAAUGGAAGAAGCUUUGAAUUGGGUGAAAUACACAGGCGAUGUAACAAUUUUAUCUAAAUUAGGAGCAGUUGACAAUUGUUGGCGUAUGUUAAGUAUUUUCUUUACUGAAUACAAGUAUCACAUAACUAAAGUUGUAACAGAAAACUGCAGUUUGCUUGAAGAAUUUAAAACUCAAAGUUGUGCGGAGUGUCUAGAGCAAGGAGAACUAAUGAAAAUGAAAGGAAAUGAAGAGUUUUCCAAAGAAAGAUAUGAUGUAGCUAUUAUCUAUUAUACCAGAGCCAUUGAAUGUAGGCCUGAAAAUCACCUGCUUUACGGUAACCGAGCUCUUUGUUUUCUUCGUACUGGACAAUUCAGAAAUGCACUUGGUGAUGGAAAGAGAGCUACCAUUCUGAAGAACAAUUGGACAAAGGGUCAUUAUCGUUAUUGUGCUGCUCUUUCUAUGCUGGGGGAAUAUGACUGGGCCCUGCAAGCAAACAUAAAAGCUCAAAAACUCUGUAAAAAUGACCCUGAGGGAAUCAAGGAUCUAAUUCAGCAGCAUGUAAAGUUACAAAAACAAAUAGAAGACCUGCAAGGUCGAAUACCAGCUAGUAAUCCAGUCAAAGCUUUCUGUGAAAGCAGGGCCUACCUACCUAGUUUAUCAGCACCUGCAUUUAGUACUUCACUUAACUUUGUGGAAACUGAAAAAAAAUUCAGAAAAACUAACCACGAAAUGGCAAACGGUGGUAAUCAGAAUCCAAAGGUGGUAGAUGAAGCUCUGAAAGUAGAUGAUUGUGACUGUCAUCCUGAAUUUGUACCACCAUCAAGUCAGCCUCCAAAAUAUAAAGGGAAACAAAAAUCUCGAAACAAUGAAUUGGAGAAGUUCAGCCCUGGUUCACAAGAAACUUUACCAGUAGAUUUGAAAAACAUCUUGGAGAAACAGUUUUCUAAGUCUUCCAGAGCCGCACACCAGGAUUUUGCUAAUAUAAUGAAAAUGCUGAGAAGCUUAAUCCAGGAUGGCUACACGGCCUUGCUGGAGCAGCGGUGCCGCAGUGCCGCCCAGGCCUUCACAGAGUUGCUCAACGGUUUAGAUCCUCAAAAAAUAAAGCAAUUGAACCUGGCCAUGAUAAACUACGUGUUAGUAGUCUAUGGACUUGCCAUUUCACUCCUUGGAAUAGGACAGCCCGAGGAGUUAUCUGAAGCUGAAAACCAGUUUAAGAGGAUGAUUGAACACUACCCCAAUGAAGGACUUGAUUGCUUGGCCUACUGUGGAAUUGGAAAAGUGUAUUUGAAAAAAAACAGAUUUUUAGAAGCUCUUAAUCAUUUCGAGAAAGCAAGAACCUUGAUCUGUCGUCUUCCUGGAGUGUUAACUUGGCCCACAAGUAAUGUGGUUAUUGAGGAGACUCAGCCAGGGAAGAUAAAGAUGCUGUUAGAGAAAUUCGUUGAAGAAUGCAGGUUCCCUCCAGUGCCAGAUGCCAUUUGUUGCUAUCAGAAGUGCCAUGGAUAUUCCAAAAUCCAGAUAUACAUAACUGAUCCAGACUUUAAGGGUUUUAUACGAAUCAGCUGUUGCCAGUAUUGUAAAAUAGAAUUUCACAUGAACUGCUGGAAGAAGUUAAAAACAACAACCUUCAAUGAUAAAAUUGACAAGGAUUUUCUGCAAGGAAUUUGUCUUACUCCUGACUGUGAAGGAAUCAUUUCAAAGAUUAUCAUCUUCAGCAGUGGUGGUCAAGUUAAAUGUGAAUUUGAACACAAGGUGAUUAAAGAAAAGGUUCCUCCAAGACCUAUUCUGAAACAGAAAUGUUCUAGCCUAGAGAAGUUGAGGCUGAAAGAAGACAAAAAAUUGAAGCGAAAGCUCCAAAAAACAGAAGCAAAAAAAUUAGCACAAGAAAGACUGAAAGAGGACUUAAGGGAAAGUAACCCACCAAAAACUGAAGAGCAGAGAGAAACUAUCAACCAUGUCCAAAGUUGCCAGUUCCUUGAUGACAGAAUUCUGCAGUGCAUAAAGCAAUAUGCUGACAAGAUUAAGUCUGGGAUACUGAAUACUUCCAAGCUUCUCAAAGAAUUGCUUUCUUGGAAGGUUUUAACCACAGAAGACUACACAACAUGUUUUUCUAGCAGAAAUUUCCUGACUGAAGCAGUGGACUAUGUCAUUCGUCAUUUGAUCCAAGAAAAGAACAGAGUAAAGACACGGGUAUUUCUGCAUGUUUUGAGUGAGCUUAAAGAAGUGGAGCCAAAAUUAGCCACCUGGAUCCAGAAACUUAAUAGCUUUGGCUUAGAUGCCACGGGACCUUUCUUCUCUCGUUAUGGGGCUCCUCUGAAGGAGCUCGAUUUUAGCAUCAUGACUUUUCUCUGGAAUGAGAAAUAUGGUCACAAGCUAGGCUCUAUAGAAGGAAAACAACUCGAUUAUUUCUAUGAGCCUACGUCACUGAAGGAAGCGCGUUGUUUAAUAUGGCUGCUGGAAGAACACAGAGACAAGUUCCCAGCACUGCAUAAUGCCUUGGACGAAUUCUUUGAUAUAAUGGACAGCCGCUGCACUGUAUUAAGGAAACAGGACAGUGGUGACGUGCCAUUUAAUUCUACCAAGAUAAAAAACAAAGGCAAGAAAAAGAAGCCAAAAGAUUCAAAGCCUAUGUUAGUUGGAUCUGGAACACCUUCAGUCACACCAAACAAUGAGACUGUCACUUCAGGUGAAGACUAUAUCAAACGCAGUUUAAAUUCUGCAGGCCCCUUUGUAGUUCCCGAUCACCUCCGGCAGGAUGUAGAAGAAUUUGAAGCUCUGUAUGGACAGCACAGUAAUGAGUAUAUUGUCCGGAAUAAGAAGCUGUGGGACAUAAACCCAAAACAGAAAUGUUCAACUCUGUACGACUAUUUCUCUCAGUUGUUGGAGGAACAUGGUCCCUUGGACAUGAAUAACAAGAUGUUUUCUGAAGAAUAUGAGUUCUUCCCAGAAGAAACACGACAGAUACUAGAAAAAGCAGGAGGUUUGAAAGCGUUUCUCCUGGGGUGUCCUCGUUUUGUUGUGAUUGACAACUGUAUUGCGUUGAAGAAAGUCGCGUUACGGCUCAAGAAAAAAAGAAAGAAGAAAAACAUUAAGACAAAAGUAGAAGAAAUUUCAAAAACAGGAGAGUGUUUGCGAGUUAAACUACCACUGAAUCCAACUGCUAGGGAAUUUAAACCAGAUGUAAUAUCUAAACCAGUGUCUGAGGUACCUUCAGCACCAGCUUCCGAGGAAAUGAGGCCUCAGCCUGCAUCUGCCAAUUCUCCCCAGUCAGCUCGUGACACUGGGAAGCCAAAACCAGUUUCUGACAAUUCUUCCAGAUCAGUUUCUGAGGAUGAGAAGCCCAAAGGGGUGUCUUCUGAUUCUCCCAGGCCAGUUUCUGAGGAGACUGGUCACAAGCCAGUCUCCUCUAAUUCUCCCAAACCAGUUCCCGAGGAAGUGAAAGCGACCUAUUGGCCUCGACCCCAGCUGGUCACAGGAUACUGUACAUACCUUCCCUUUCGGGGGUUUGACAUCACCCAGACACCACCAGCCUUCAUCAGCGUGUUACCGACUUUGCCCCAGUAUAGCAUUUACACCCCUCUGGCCAGCGUUCCUGCUGAGUAUCACCUGCAGAGACCAAUACCUGUGGUGCCGUCUUUUGUAGCAAGUGACAUAACGGAGCUGCACUUUGAGUCUCAUCAUUUCAGUGCUGAGAAUGCCCCUGGUAGCCAGAUUGCCUCCGAAACACAGAUCCUUGAGGAAUCUUUGGAAACACCGGUGAAGUCAGAGUACAGCUCGAAUAGUGCUGAUAUAGCCCAGAGUGAGGCUAGCAGAAACGAUGACCGCUGUGGAGAUUCUGCCACGUGGGAAGUAAAUCCGGAAAGCACCGAUGAAGUAACACAUAUUCCAUGUACACAGGUGGUUGCUGUACAGGUGUCUUGGAAUAUGACACAUCAAGAAGUCAAUACUGAACCAUAUGGUCCUUUUGAGUCACAACAGGGGGGUAUUUCACAGAUUGAAAAGGAGUACCAGGUUUUACAAGAGCAACUUAAGGGAGCAUGUGAAAAUUAUGAACAGAACAAUGUCAAGGGCUCAGAAGAAACCAAGGACUUGGAAGAAAAGUUGAAAAGGAACAUCGAGGAAAAUAAGAUCUCAAAGACAGAGCUAGAUUGGUUCCUUGAAGAUUUGAACAAGGAAAUUAAAAAAUGGGAACAGGAGAAAAAAGAAAUCCAAGAAAGACUAAAGACACUGAAGAAGAAAAUGAAAAAGGUGUUAAAUGCCAGAGAAAUGUAUACCCAGGAAAACGAUGGAAAGGAAAAGGCACUUGAAUUACUUCUGGAUCAGUCCCUUGAAAUCAGUAAUACAUUUACAAAUGAGAAAAUGAAAAUAGAAGAGAGUAUAAAGAAAGGGAAAGAGCAUUAUGAAGAGAGUCUUCAGAGGGCUGUGGAUGCAGAGGUAUCUGUGCUUGAAAACUGGAGGGACAUGGAAGUGUGUAAGUUACAGACUGUGGAGUCACAAGCUGAAGGGUUUCUCAAGAACCUGAAGCUAAUGAGCAGUGAUUCAGCAGCGUAUCCUGACAUGGACUCAGACAUACAUUCAUGGGGAUCAUUUCUUUCUGAUGUUAGAGAAGAAAUUGAGAAAGCAAAGUCUCAGUUUGAAGAACAAAUUCAGGCAAUUAAAAAUGGUUCUCAGCUCAGUGAACUUCCAAAAGUGCAGAUUUCUGAGCUUUCCUUUCGUGCCUAUAACACAAUUCAUCCUAAAUUACUUCCUGAGUCCUUAGGCCAGGAUGGUCAAGGUCCCUCCACUUCUACAAGUCAUGGGACCAGAGACCAGACAGCAGCUCCCGAGGAGUUAAGUCUGGGCUCUGCUGCUGACACCCCAGUGGGGUCGCCCUCCUGCGACCAGAAGGCCACCCAGCUGCCAGGGCGUGAGGGCGCUGGCCAGGCAGCUGGGCCAGAACCACGCCUGAUGGCUGAUGAGAAGUUACCUGCUGCUCCAGAGCAUGCCACCCGUUCAAGCCAGUCCCCGAAGCGGCCGUUCAACAGCAUCAUUGAGCACCUGUUGGUGGUGUUCCCAUGCUACAGCAGCACGGAGCUUGCUGGUUUUAUUAAAAAAGUUAGAAACAAAAACAAGACCUCUCUGUCUGGAUUGAGUAUUGACGAGAUUGUGCACAGAGUGACAGACUACAUCCUUGAUGAAGAGAAAAAGAGAAAGGCGUCCUGUGCAAAUUCCUGCGAAAUCUGCCGAGAAGUAUUCAAGUCCAAAAAUGUGCGUGAGCUGCAGUGUGGGCACAGGUUUCACAAAGGGUGCCUCAAGCAGCGGCUGAAGAGCCAGCGCACCUGCCCAGCCUGCCUGGGUCACACCCUCCUGGCAGAGGAGUAGCUGCCCUGCUGGAGGAGGCCUGCCUGCUGCUCUCGGCCGCUACAGUUCACGCUGCAGAUACGCUGCUUGUUGAGUUGGAAGACUAGCAGUGUGCUCCCUUUGGUAUCAAAAGCAGACGCCUGAAGCUUCUUUGCACUGUGUGUUGCAGUGUUAAUAAACGGAGCUCUUUAAUACAGCUGAGAGUAAGUAAUUUCCCAGCUCUGACUAGACAUAGAGUAAUCACCAAGUGGUGGCUGAUAAAAUCACAUGUAACCGCUUCCUUCUGUGGUCAGGGAUGCUGCAGAGGCGUGCUCUGAGAUGGAAGGAAAAGACGGUGAGCGCCUCAAAGCAGGACUCGAUUAUCAGCAUCCUUGGCCUGCUCAAGUGCCCACAGGAAAAGAGUUUUGAGAUCAGUAUUCCCGAACUUAGCCUACCUUUUUCCUCAAAGGUUCUGCGUUUUAAAAAAAGAGCUUAAGCAGACCACAUUUUAAUAGGUUGUAAUGUUAAUAUUGGCUGAUUUCAGACCAGAAGAUUCAACUCUCCUCUUUAUGUGGUUUCUCAUUACAUUGUUUUCUCCCCAGUAGGUUUGUAAGUGCUCGUUUUCUGUCUUUUAAGGACGUAAUGAUUUUUGAAAAUCAGUUACAAGACCCUCACUAGCAUCAGCCAAGACUUCUUAACCCCUGAAGUCGAGGCUCGCUCGUCAUCACCCCACCCCCGGGUCUGGAGCAGACUCUCUUUGAAUACCUUACUGUUCUCGUUAGUGACCUUUGUCGCCCUCUCUUGAGUUAGACAGCAAGCGUUGGGGUAUCUCUGUCUGGCAUACAGCGGCAGCUGAGGGAAACAGUCACAUCAUUCCCUUUCCUUACCCCACCACCAAAAAGAGACACUUGUAUAAUAGACAGUCCUGAGAUGUUGCUGUUACAGUCGUUCCUGUUUGACGUUUGUGUAGAGUAAUGCAUGCACUCGUGUACUGUAGCCUGAGAACAAAACCGCAGCUGCUUUAGAGAAACUGCUUAUCUUCAGUGACUUAUAGACAGCAGUAGACAUAGAACCGUGAAUUCUGGGCACAUUCCGUCUCUCUCAAACCGGAAGGAUCAAAAAGUGUUUUCUGUUUCCCUCAGAAGCUCAAGUCCCAGGUUCGCGCGCUGACGCAGUCGCCUCCGUCUGCUUUGCUUCUCUCUCAGUUUUGACGUCUUAGUGACUUGGUGCAUUGACGCUCAUUCCAUAUUUUGAAGCAGGUCCCUAAAACAUUGUCUGCAUGUUCAGAAUAACUGAGGACUUGCAGAUAUGAAGGUACACAGGGACCCGUGUGUAGCAGCAGGCGCAGCGGGAAAGAACAGCUGGAGAGUGAGAGGAUGUGUUGUGUAUAACCUCAAACUGUUACUUGUGUACAUGCCUUACACGUGUCCUGUGUUGAAAUAAAGAACAUUCUAAAAUAAUA